AUGGGAUACUUGGCCCCCGAGUGCAUCACCACCGGCAAGGCCAGCAAAGAGUCCGACGUCUACAGCUUCGGCAUCGUCGCGCUGGAGAUCGCGUGCGGAAGAAGGCCGGUGGAACCGAAGGAGCAGAAGAGCAAGGUGAGGCUGGUCGAAUGGGUGUGGGAGCUCUACGGACGGCGAUCAAUUCUCGAAGCAGCCGACGAGAAGCUACAUGGCGACUUCGACGGGAAGCGGAUGGAGUGCCUGAUGGUGGUGGGGUUGUGGUGUGCUCAUCCCGACUGUAGCCUGCGGCCCUCGAUCAGACAAGCCAUCAAUGCGCUCAACCUGGAGACGCCACUGCCGAUGCUACCCCCAACGAUGCCGGUGCCUAUGUACUGUGCGCCGCCUGUUGACGUCUCCAGCUUCACCCAGGCUUCAUCCAUCACGUACUCCUCCUCGUACCUCACGAAUUCUUCCAGCUCCACCCAAAUGAUCGCGGACACAAUGAAGUCGCAGAGGAUCGACAUGUAAUGAGCAUGAAUGCAUAUGAUGCUUACUUCAUGCAUUUGUUUUCUGGUUUCCUGUUCUCCCCAUUCUCCUUGUUUCCCUACUAAGAAGAAGUAAACGCGUCCUGUGGAUAUAUUGCUUGA